AUGAAGCCAUCACUAUUUCAUGAGGGAGUGGACCCGUUGAAGGCAGAAGCCUGGGUCCUUGGUAUUGAAAAACUAUUUGAAGUGUUUCCACAGAAAGUACAGUUGGCUACCUUUACACUAGAAGAUGAAGCAAGAAGGCGGUGGAUGUUGAUUUGCGAUGACAACAAGGGCACAGACUGGACACGGUUCCUUGAAAUCUUUUAUGAUAAAUACUUUCUGCAAUGCGCUCGUGAUAGAAAAGCAUCUAAAUUUGAGGGGCUUAAACAAGGCAGUAUGAUUGUGGUGGAAUACGAGGCAAAGUUUACAGAAUUGGCCAGAUUCGCAUUGCAUAUGGUCGACAUUGACUAUAAGAAGGUAAGAAAAUUUGAGGGCAGUCUCCGCAACGAUAUUCAAGAGAGAGUGAAUGUUCUGAAACUGCUUACUUAUGUUGAUGUGUUAGACCACAAUUUAAUGUUAGAAACUAAUAUUGCCAAUCAGAGUAAACCACCAACUGACUGGAAAAGUAAGAGACAACGUUUUUUCUUAAAGAAAUGA